AUGGCACAACCCCGACCACCGAGCCCACCGCGGCAACCCCUCGCCUCGCGCAUCCCCGACCACAUCGUCGACCCGCCAACCCUCCGCCUCGCCCUCGCCUCCUUGUUCGUCCUCGUGCAGGCCUACAAGCUCGCAGACGCACUGUGGCCCCAACCUGUACCCGCAACACCGUCCCCCACCGCCGACGACCCCCUCAACCUCCAGCUCGUCAAGUGGCUCGUCGCAGACGCCGGCACCGUCGCCCUCGUCUCGUUCCUCCGCGUCCCGCGCCUCGACUGGGGCUGGAAGGCCAGGUGGGCCAUCAGGCUCACCCUCUGGGCCUCGGACUGGCUCCUCUUUGGCCGCUGGACGUUCUCCGCCUCGUACCUGUUGCCCGUCGCCGUCAAGAGCUUCGUCACCCGGGCCCUGUCGACCGAUGAGCGCAAGGUCCGCCCCGCGUCCGUCGUCGGUUCGGACAAGAGCCACCUCGGCGGCCAGUUCACCGUCCGCAUCCUCGCCGUGUCGACCGCCAUGCUCAACCCGCUCUCGACCAUCUACUGCCGACACGCCUCGCCCCACUCGGCGUCGCGCUCGCUCCUCCCCGGCGGCCACCACAAGGCCGACCCGACCCUGAUCCCGCUCGUGUUCAACAACACGGUCCCGGCAAAGGUCACCUACACCCUCACCUCGUUCGACGACCCACCCUCGUCCCACCAGGUCACCGUCCCAGCCUCGUCCCUCGUCCGCCACGCCCACCCGUCGCACCACCGCAACCGCGGCGACCCUUCCUCGUCCUCGUCCUCGUCGACCCACAACAACCUCGACGACGAGCUCGCCCUCGCCUCCGAGUGGGCCCUCGUCCCCGCCUCGUCGUCGUCCAACGCGCACGGCGCGAGCGCCAAGGGCCCAGCAGGGCAGCACGCCCUGCGCCACCGCCUCCCGUCCGACGGGCCCGCAGCCGCAGCCGCACCCGACGCGAGCGACCCGUUCGGCCUCGCGCCGUCCGAGUCGCUGUACUACCUGCCCGUCUCGAGCCUCGGCCUCGUCCGCCUCGACUCGGUCGUCGACAAGGACGGCCACAGCGUGCGCAUCCGCCGCAAGCGCGCCGUCACGGCCGCGAGCGCCGCCACGGCCGGCUUGGCGGACCCAGGCGCCGUCGCGCUCGCGUUCGAGGAGGUGCGCAUCGUGCGCUGCCCGUCGGCCGGGUUCGACCUCGGCGCCGGCGCGAGCCGCUCGGCGGUCGACGAGGAGCACCGCUGCCUCGUGCCUAACGCGGGCCUGCCCGAGAGCUGGCCCCUCGGCCUCGCCGUCAGCGGGGCCGAGCCCCUCUCGGUCCGGUGGCAUGCCCGAGUCGGCGACCCGCAGCGCGGCACGCGCAAGGACGAGACGCUCGACGGCAUCGUCGGCGGCGGCGGCGACGGCGACGGCGACAACGACGUUGUGCCCGUGCCCAUGAACGUGUCGCUCGCCCAGGCGGGCCGCACGACGUACUACCUCGACGCCGUCGUCGACGCGUACGGCAACGAGGUGACGUACGACCUCGCGCGCUCGUCGUCGUCGUCGUCGCCCGACGGCACGACCAAGGACAAACUCGUGAGCGGCGUCAAGGACAAGGCCGUGCCACACCUCCUCCCGGGCACGGUCGCGAGUCGCUCGGUCGUCGUCCACCGGCCGCCCGAGGUCGCGUUCGUCGGCGAGUGCGCCAAGGGCGACGACGUGCACCUGCUCGAGGGCGGCCGCAAGAAGCUCCAGCUGCGGCUCCAGGGCGUCGACGACGACCUGCGGGCGGGCGAGGGCGCGUUCGACGUCCACGUGCGCUUCUCGCCGGCGGCGACGACGGGCGUCAAGGGCUGGACGAGGCUCGUCAAGACGACGACGGCGAGGGCCGAGAUCGAGGUCGACCAGGCCGGCACGUACGAGGUCGUUGGCGUCAAGAGCAAGCACUGCAGCGGCGCUGUCCUCGUGCCCAAUACUUGCACGCUCGUCGUUCAGCCUCGUCCGACCCUCUCGACUACGUUCACGCCGAUCCACGACGUCUGCAACGCCGAGACGGGCGCCGUCGCCUCGCUCCACCUGACGGGCGCGCCGCCGUUCGUCGUCCACUACGCCGUCUCGCAGCUCGACUCGUCGGGCUCUCGCGCCGUGCGCACGACGCGCAAGCAGCGCCGCGUGCAGCACUCGCGUGACGAGGUGCGCCUCGAGGCGCCCGGCCCCGGGCGGUGGGAGUACCGCUUCACGCGCGUCGACGACCGGUUCUACCAGGGCGUCGUCGACUUGCCCGAGGGCGGCAGCGGCGCGCACGUGUACCGCCAGGAGGUCGCCGAGGUCGGCGACGCCAAGUGGAGGAACGUCAAGGAGGGCAAGACGGUGCACAGCUGCGAGGGCGAGACGGUCCAGGUCGAGAUCGAGUUGCAGGGCACGGCGCCGUGGGACAUCGAGUACUCGGUCGUCGGCCAGUCGGCGCAGGCGAUCCAGGGCAUCACCAAGUCGCCGUACACGCUCGAGGUCGACAUCCCGAGCCACAUCGCUCAGCAAGGCGGCCAGUUUGCGCUCUCGCUCGAGAGCGUCCGCGACGCUCAUGGCUGCAAGCGCCCGCUCACAGGCAGCGACCUCAAUGUCGAGGUGCGCCGCACCAAGCCGACGGCCCGCUUCCACGGCGCCGAGGGCGUCCGCACCAUCACCUUGCGCGACGACGACACGGCCCGGAUCCCGCUCCGGCUCACCGGCGAGGGGCCCUGGACCAUCACGUACCAGAGCCCGGCCGCUCGCGACGGCAAGCUUCCCUCGCCGUCGACUUUCAGCACCAAGGACGCCAACGGCGAGAUCGCCAUCCGCCGUCCUCGUGCGGGCACGUACCGCCUCGUCGGCGUGCGCGACCAGUUCUGCCCGGGUGACGUCGCCGAGACCGAGUGGACGGUCAAGACGCUGCCGAGGCCGACGCUGCGGCUCGACGAGCGUGCGGGCAAGGUCGCGAGGGGCGGGAGCGUCGUGAGGAGGGGCGUGUGCGCCAACGCGGUCGACUCGGUCCCGGUCCUGUUCGAGGGCAAGGCGCCGUUCAAGGCGUCGUACACGCUCCAGAAGGGCUCGCACCACGGCGACACGCGCUCGCACCACCUCCAGGCCAUCCAGUCGCGCGCCGACCUCACCUUGUUCACCGCCUCGCCGGGCCGCCACACCUACACGUUCACCGGCGUCGGCGACUCGCUCUACACGUCGCCCGACGCUGCGGGUCUCGAGGCGCCCGCCGGCGGCAAGGACGGCGUCGUCCGCAUCGAGCAGGACGUUUGGGCCCUCCCUACCGCCGGGUUCGCUCACGGCGCCAAGCACGGCUUCUGCGUUCACGACAAGCUCGCGUCGCGAGGUCAUGACGACCUCGUCUUGCGGCUCGAGGGCCAGGCGCCGUUCGAGGUCGAGCUCGAGGUGCGCGAGGACGGGCACCGGGCGUCCAAGCGGUUCACGGUCCCGGCGAUCCAGGGCCACGAGUGGCCCGUCUCGCUCCCGUACGGCCUCAGCACGGCCACGCCGCACAGCAUCCUCCUGCGGCGCGUCAAGGACGCGCACGGCUGCGAGACGCUCGUCGACCCGUCGACCUCGUCCUCGUCCGUCGUCGGCGCCGGCUCGCUCAAGUCGUCGGUCUCGAUCCCGGUCGCCGAGAUCGCCACUAUCACGCCUGUCUCGUCCCAGGUCGACCACUGCGUCGGCGAUGCGCUCGAGUUCAUCGUCCAGGGCUCGCCGCCGUUCACCGUCAAGUACGAGUUCGAGGGCAAGCAGCACGCCGUCGCGCACUCGAGCGGCACCUUCCAGCGCCUCGCUGCGGCUCCGGGCACGUUCAAGAUUCUGUCGGUCGGGCACGGAGAGGACCAGUGCCGCUCGAACUCGGUCGACCUCGUCAAGCACGUCCACCCGAUCCCGUCCGCUCGCGUGCAGACCGGCGACUCGUACGUCGUCGACAUUCGCGAGGGCGAGCAGACCGAGAUCAAGUUCAGCUUCUCCGGCACGCCGCCUUUCGCCUUUACGUACGCUCGCCGGGCACCUCAAGACCGCAGCAAGGACCGUACCGUCCUCGAGCAGCACACCGUCACCGGCAUCAAGGAGCACGAGUACUCGAUCUUCACGGCGCAGGAGGGCACAUGGAGCGUGUCGUACAUCUCGGACGCCUUCUGCUCGUACCCGCCGCCGUCGUCGCCUCCUGCGCAGCGCUCGGCCGUCGUCAAGGCCUGAGCGAGCCUAAGCUCCCCCUCUUUCUCUCCUCCCUCGCAACCUGAACAUACCCCCUCUUCUGCGUCCUCGCAAUGCAACUAGCCUGUACAGCUC